AUGCGAUCAGCUGGUUCCCAAUCGCUGGAGGUGCCCGAAGAGGUGACGCAGCACUUCCGAACCUCGGCCAAGGUGUUGUCAUACAGGGAGGGGAUCCUGCAGGGUUUUGUGCCUGACAAGGUGAGCACUCGAGGAAUGCUUUGCGCUGCCCGCAAAAAACAUCCCGCAAACCUGCCUAUCUGGAACAAACAAAACGUUAGACCCCCCCCCCCCGGCUCCCCCACACCCCAAGGUCAGCAGAUGCUCGCCCGGGGCGGCACGCAGCGACAGGACAUUGAGUUCUUGUUCAGGGAGCUUUUGGAGCUUUGGUCGCCUUUGGGCGCAAGUCGAAGCUGCUCGAAAGUUGAUCCACUGGUCCCGGGGGUCGAUGGGGCACGGCACGUUGUUCCACACUUGGCUUGUUAG